AUUAGGUACUUGGCGACCGUUAGAGCAAUGUCAUUUCUGGAUAGGAAAAGUAUAAUCUAUCUGGCUAUCAUUGUGGCUUUAUCAGUCGCCUUGAUAGCAGUUUGCAUCGAUGCGUAUGCGGGCGAUAGUAACAGUAGUGAGCAACCAACUCGUGAUGAUUCCGGUGGACCAGUUCUUCAGUGUGAAAAAGCGUCCGUGACGACCGCAAGUGGAACGCUCGUGAAACAGGCGCAGUUUUGUCCUGGAGAUUUGAUUUUCGAGGAUAACUUCGAUAAACUGAGCUUGGAGAAAUGGGAGCACGAACAUACAGUCGGAGGUGGUGGCAAUUGGGAGUUCCAAUAUUACCUUAACAGUCGCCGAAAUUCGUAUGUAGAAGACGGAACUCUGAUCAUUCGACCUACCCUGUUGACUGAUGAGAUGGGAGAAGAAUUUCUUACUACUGGUACACUCAAUCUCCACGGUGGAAGCCCCUACGACUACUGUACAAACCCCGCAUGGUAUGGAUGUGAGCGCAUGGGCAAUACUGACAACUACUUGAACCCCAUCAAAAGCGCUCGCUUGCGCACGGUUCGAUCGUUUAACUUCAAAUACGGAAAACUUGAAAUUCGCGCGAAACUUCCUACUGGCGAUUGGUUAUGGCCUGCACUUUGGUUGAUGCCAAAGCUCAAUCAGUAUGGAACAUGGCCGACAUCUGGAGAAAUAGAUCUCAUGGAAGGGCGUGGCAAUCUUGACUAUCGCGGUGCGGACGGCACGCAUAUUGGUGUUGAGCAAGUAGGAUCAACUAUGCACUUUGGGCCGAACCCGUCCUUGAAUGGGUUUGAGACUACUUCUGAGGCGAAGAACUCUCCACCAGGUGAAGGAUUCAACAAGGACUUCCAUCGGUUCCAGAUGGAAUGGACUCCCGACUUCAUGAAAUUCAGUGUUGACGACGAACAGGUACUUAUGGCAGAGGGUAAUUUCUGGGAACGUGGAAACUUUGAAGAACGUGCUCCUGGAACACCAAAUCCUUGGGUCACCGGAGGAAAGAUGGCACCGUUUGAUGAAGAAUUCUAUAUCCUCAUGAAUUUGGCCGUUGGCGGUACAAACGGUUACUUCCCCGACGCUCCUGCGAUAAACAAAGAUGCAGCCAAACCCUGGAGCAACCAAUCACCAGUGGCAAUCAAAGAAUUCUGGACUAAUAAAAAUAGUUGGUUGCCCACGUGGAAGCUGGAUGAAAAUGACAGCAAAGAUGCAUCAUUCCAAGUGGAUUACGUUAAAGUGUGGGCACUAUAGAAACAAGGUA